AUGGAUAAUGCUGAAUCUUCAAAUACAAACUCCACUAUAUCAACUUCUUCGUCUAUAUCUUCAACACCGAAAUCCAAAUCUGAAGCAACAUCCAAAAAACAGCGUGUUGGAAAAAGUGUUCGAGAAGAUUUCUUCACAAACAUUGCAAAAAAUGAUAAAAAUUGGUCUGCAAAAUGUUUAUUAUGUGAUGAUACAGUAUAUGAUAAUAUUGGCGUUACUUCUAAUGUUAAUCGUCAUGUUAAGAAUCAUCAUCAAACUGAAUAUACUGCAUGGUUAAAUAAAUUGAACGGCUUAGAUCGACAACAGCCGAAAUUACUUGAUUUUAUUAAUCUUAAUCCAUCACCAUCAUCUUCAAAACAAUCGUAUCCAGCUGGUCAUCAACGACAACAAGAAUUACACAAUGCUAUCGUUCAAGAUUUAAUAGUUGGACUUGGUCUUCCGUUAUCGUUAGUAGAAAGACCAGAAUUCAUAAAAUUUAUGUCUACUAUUGAUCCGAAAUUCAAGAUUACCAGUCGACGUACAUUAAGAAGAGAUACAAUUCCAACUCUUUAUCGUAAAAUGAAUGAUUUAUUAAAACAAUUUUGUUCAACAGCAGAGUAUAUUUCGUUAACAUUGGAUAUUUGGACCGAUAAAAGAGCUCGUUCAUUUUUUAGUAUCACAGGUCAUGCCAUUCUUGGUACGCAAUUUAAAUCAUAUGUUCUUUGUUUUUUACCUCUAAAUGGAAGUCAUUCUGGUGAAAAAUUACUAGAAUAUUAUGAAUUAGUUAUUAAUGAAUUUCAAAUACAGAAUAAAUUAUGUAGAAUUAUAACCGAUAAUGCUUCAAAUAAUAUUAAAGCAUUUGCCGAUUUAAUUAUUCCUGGAUUCGAAUCAUACUUUUCUGAUGAUGAUGAAGAUGACGAUGAUAUUAAUUCAUCAGAUAGUGAUGAUAAUGGUUUAGAUCAAAAUGAUAAUGAUUUACAUGAUAAUACAGCAACACAUAUUAGUAUGUCAACACAAGAAACAUUAAAUAUUGUUAAAGAUAGUUUUGAUAAUCUGGCAUCAAAAAGCGAAUUAAGAUUACCAUGUUUCGCUCAUACACUUCAACUUGUUGUUCAAGAUGGUUUACGAGAAGCCGUUUGCAUUAAACAAACGAUUACUAAAGUAUCUAAAAUUGCAAAAUUAUCACAUUCAAGCAUCAGUUUUGCUGAAAAAUUAGAAACAAUAGGUGCCAGACCACGUGAUUUAGCAAUGUUAAACGAAUUUGUAUCAUUAUUAUUUCUAUUUGGUGAAGCGACAACGGUUACUCAAGCCGAAAAAGCACCAUCAAUUUCGCUUGUUGGUCCAAGUAUUAUUUCUAUUUAUUAUGAUUUAAUUAAUGAGCGAGACAAUAUUAUUUAUACAACUACAUUAUGUAAGGCUUUACUUUCAUCAUUAAUCGGUCGAUUUGGUGGAUUACUUACAUCAUUAAAUGUUGAAUUUGAUACAGUAUUCGAGAAAAAAGGAACAUAUGAUUUAUAUGGAGAUCCAAUAUUUCUAGUUUCAUCAUUUUUAGAUGGAAAAUUUAAACUGAAAUGGAUAACUGAAUCUUGUCUGAAUGAAGAGAAGAAAGCCGAUGCAUGUACCAAAAUUAAAAAUUUUGUAUUUGAUUAUUGUGUUGUUUUACUAAAUGUUGCUCCUGAUGUAAAUGUUGAUGCAACACAAGAAGAAACUAUGGACGAUAUAUCUGUCAUUAAUCCAAAAAGAAAAGGUUUAUUUUCUUAUCUUCAAACUGAUAUCAAAAGAAAAAAGAUUACUGAUCCAUUUCAAUACAUUCGAGAUGAAAUUUCAUUAUUUAUGGAAGACAUCGAAAAUGAUAAUAUGUUGGUGUUUCGAAAAGCAUUUGUAUAUAAAACGCUGAGCCAAUUGGCUACGAAAGUACUUUGUGUUCCAGCAACAUCAGCACCCGUCGAGAGGGUUUUCUCUCAAAGCGGAUUUCUUAUGCGUCAACAUAGAGCUACAAUGUCAAAAACAACUUUACAAAUGCUCACAAUGUUGAAGUGCAAUAUUAAUCUUCUAUAA